UUUCACUGACACCUUUUCGGACUCGUAAUUUUAAGGUUAGUCGCAAAUAGCAUCUGCAGCAUCAGAGCUUGUUUACUAGAAGAUUUGUGGUUCCUCGGAUUUAUUUUGCUUUCCCCAUCAAGUUUUCGGGUUCUUAAUUAAGUGUAUUUAUUAUAUUCAAGACCAUGUCGGAACAAUUGAAUGAAGAUUUGUUGAAUGAUGCCACAGAUGAUUAUUUGGAAAUAGGAGAAGCUGAAGAAAGAGCUCUUUUGAAAGAUGAUGAUGAUGGAGAUGUCCUUAGUAUUGCCCCUGAGGACUUGCCUUUGGAAUCAGACCACAGGAAUGAGGCAGAAAAAGAAGGUCCGAGGCAAGAGAAAUUUGUAACCGAGAGACCAAAGAUAACAGCUCCCGACACAUCUGGUAAUAAAACAGCUAAAUUUAGAAUUGGAAAGCAAAACAAUCCUGGAAGAGGGAGAGGUGGACAUUUCUAUCAAAAUCGAGGCCGAGGUAACCAGUUUCUGCAAGGAAGACAAAACAUUCGCGCUGGACCGCAAGGAAGAAACAAAACUGUUUUGAUAAAUCCACGGUUCCAAGGGGUGGUUCAUGUUAAUAAUACCGCGCGGCUAGCAUGGGAUGCACAGCAACAGAUUCCAUCAAAUCCAUGGGCAAAUCGAGCUCCUGCGGCGCAUUUAGGGCCAGCUGCUUCAGUGCAACAAAUGCAACUUAUGCAUCCCCAAUCUCAAAUGCAACAUAUUCAUGCACCUAAUCAGCUUCAGUUUCAACCGCCAAUACAGCAAUUUCCAUAUCAGCCCCAGGUGCCUAAUUUUCAGCAACCCCCUCAAAUACAACAAAUGCAGCAACCGCCAUUUCAAAAUAUAUAUCCUCCAGGACAUCAGAUUCAGUAUCCUCCUUCUAACCAACAAUUUAUGCCUCAACCUUUGCCGCCUGUGAAUAUGCCUCAUGGUCCAAAUGAGCCAAUGUUUGCCCCAUACCCACAAAAUAGCUUUGAAUCUCAAAACUACAAUAUGAGUGCUAAUGCCAAUAUUCAAUUUAUUCCACCAUUUGACAAUGUAGGACAACAACCUUUACAUCAACAAAGUUUCCCUCCUAACGAAAACCUGAUGAAUUCAAAUCGGCGAGUGAUGUUGAACGGAUCGAAUAAUAAUCGUUUCCGCAAAAAUGUUACUUCAAACACUAUGAUGACUACUAAGCGGAAGAUCUCACCGGGAUUACAACCACAGAUUAGGAAGCGUUCGUUGCAACAUCGUUUAGGGAAUAGAGUGCCGCAACCACAAGUCCAGGUAGAAAAAUUCACUGUGAGCACUGAAGAUCGACCUUCAGUUGUGAAAGAAGUCACAGUUACCAAUGUCACCACUGUAAAAAUCGAGGAUGAUGAGGAAACUCGAGAUUUAAGACUGAAGAUCGAGGAGCAAAAGCGUAAACGUGAAGAAAUCUUGAAGUGGAAGGAGCUCAGACGGCUAGCAAAUCUGCAAUCAGUUAAAUCACUGUUUGAACCUCAGCCGCCAAAGCAACAUAUGAUCAAGUCGGUUCAGCAGCGUCAAGGCCAAGUUAAGAACAGAGGAAAUACUCAUCAGCAAAACCAACAGCUCUCAGCUGGGAUGAGAGCGCCCGUUCUACAAUCACUUCAACAAGUGGAUGAAAGAGGACAAACUGUUGUUAAAGGAGCACAAUUUGCAACAUCUGCUCAAGUCUCUUUGGAAGAACCGGAUAUACAACUAGAUGCCCGACACAUAUCGACAUUUCUAGCUGAUAGAAAGGUCUUGUUAAAGGACGAGGCACUCAUGACUACACGGAAAGUGCUGAUUAAAAAUAUCGCUACAAGUACAGGAGAUAAAAAAAUCUAUCAAAUUUGUAAGAAUAUUGGAGAAGUGCAGAAGCUGCACAGGGAUAAAAAUGAUCGUCAUGCAACCAUUACUUUCAAAAGCGUUGCGUCCGCACACGCGUUUUUUAAGAAAUAUCAACGCCAUAUGCUUGAUUUAUCUAUGAUAGAAGUAGUCCUGACUCCCGAGUCAGAUGAACAGUAAUAAGACUUUUAUAGUGUUGUGUAAGAUUUUUUAAUGGAAUUGUCUCGUCUAUUAUAACAAGUAUUUUAUAUUCUAUGAGGAAUAGAUGUAGACCAUUGUAUUUAAUUGAUUAUAUUUAUGUAAAACUAAUUAUAAGUCAUUAUGAGCUUAGUAGUAAGUGUUAAAUGUAAUAUGCAGUUUUACAUAUGGUUUGCUUUCCCAAAACUCGAAUUAUAAUAAAAUGUGAAUUGACAACACUAAGCAGAAAUGAAAAACGGCUAAAAUCAGCAAUCAACGUGUAGUUAUUUCCCAUGUAAAAUAUCUACAUGCAAGAUUUGAAUUCUGGCCGAUACAAAAAAUUCAGUCUCCUUCUGUGGUCACAUUGAUGCAGGGUAUCUUUCACAUUUCUUUUUAUCGUGUUUUUAAUAUUGUGCUAUAUGUAUGUAUUGUCUUCCUCUUUCCACAUUUUAUAAAUUGUGUUUUCCAAAUAGUGACACAGGGACCAAUAGGAUAUUUAGUGACUUAAUUUAUUUUAAAUGAAAAAAAAAUGAAUAGGAGCCAGUCUUUUGGCCACUCUACUUUAAUCAUUUUUCCUUUUUACUUGAGAAAUGGCAAUAAUAUGAAUUAAGUUUUGUAACUGAAACCAGCAUCGAGCUGAAUUUACUACUUUGCCCUUCAAAUUAAUACCAUUUGCGCUAUUUAACAUGCAAAUUGAUCUAAUGUCGGUUCAUCUAAGUGAAUCCUCUCUUAAUAAAGAAGUGCUGUUCUUACAAUAUUAAUCGAUCUUAUCCUAUUAAUAAAGGUGUUGCUUUUUACUGUAAUAUAAGUAAAUUUUGUCGAAUAGUUGCCGAUAAAUGGGAGCAAAAAAUGGGCUGCGGUCUCAACGUAUUAAUCCAAAUAUUUGGUUUUAAUGCGGGAUUAUUGAAAAUUCACAUAAAUUCAAAAUAUCGUGAACAAAAAACUGUAAGACAAUAAUGCUUACAAAAAACAGGUAUUUUGUAAAAAACUAUGUGAACAGCAUGGUGAAAUCAACAAGUAAAUAGAAAAACAAUACAUUACGGUACAAGAGACGAAAGUCGAAGGCUAUUGCGUGAAGUUUUUCUUGAUUCUCGGUGAAAAAUAGUCGGAGAAUGUGGGGGACUAGUGCUUUAAAGCCUAGGAAAGCCCGAUUGUAAAGGAAAAAGUUUUUUGGUGUGGCAGUGGUGUGCGAAUGGAACAAUCCAUCGUCAGCUAUUUACAUAAUCAGCUUUGGAGCUUUUCAGUUAAAAUGGGUAUUUUUGCUCAACUUUAAAGUCACCGUUUUUGAGCAAAAUCGAGUUUCAUUCUUCCCAACAAAUUAUUUGAUUUUGGCUCAUUUGAAUUUCAAACAUGCUUUUUUGAACUGGCCGCAUACGAAAUGCGAUUUCUCAGACGUGCAUGGCGUUUGAAAACUAGCAAUCACAAAAAUAAGCAAGAAACUGUCUUUUUUGAACCAUCAAAAAAUAGUCUGACUAAAAUUUAUAAUUCUUUUGCUUCAGUGAACUUGAGUGUAGUAGAAAUCCUACCCACUAAACUCCACUCAUCUUUCCUGGCUUCGUGCUUGCUAAAGGUGUGGUUUCGUGGUGCGAUCGGCGACUCGGUGCUGCGUUUGGACGCAGUCGCAGUUGCAGUCGGGGCGUGGUUUAGGUGAUGCCUUUAUAGCGUUAAGAGAGCAAUUCGUGAAAUAGUUUUGAGAAAAACCGUUGAAAAGAUGGACGACGUGAAAGUUUAACUUUUAUUUUGUUAGAUGGGUAGGAAAAAGAAGAAUAUUUCCUUAAAAAAACAUGAGACGCACGCUAUAUUUCAAAGUCGUCCAGAAGAAGGCUAUUUCGAUCUUCUUAUAGCUGACUGUUUACAACUAGAUGAGAACAAGUUCAGAUAAUUUUCGCGGUUUAACCCUGAUCAGUUUUGCAGAAAAUCUGAAACCAAUUUCGUAAAAUUUCCGAAAAGUGCUGAAGAAAAGUUGGCUUACCCAUUAAGAUAACGUAACAUUGAAAAAGAAAUAGCAACUUUUACAAAUUUGAAAAGAUUCAAAACGCUGAUGGUUUUCGCAUCAGAGAAGAACUUCUCUGUAUUUCUUCAUAGAAGAGGGAACUGUCGAAUGGCAAAACAAUCAGAUUUCAAGACUCAGCCAGUCAAAAGUUAGCUUCGCAUUUUCGCUAUUUCGUCAAUUAUUACAACUAUUUCGUUUCCACUCCAUCCAUAUAUUGACCAAGCAAGGUCGUACUUGGGUUCCAUACACCAUUAUCUUAAUUUGGAAGUUACAUAUUGUAUUGUUGCUGUCGGUAGUACAUGCUUAAUUAAAAAUGCAGUGAUGACCAUCGAAGGAACUAUUUUAUACCGCUAAUUAUAAAAUAUUGCAGAUAUGGUUGAUUUGUGUAUUGUGAAAAAGUUUUGCAUGGGGUUUUAUACGCUAAGUUCAUGAGAAUUUAUGUAAUUGUAUAUUUGCACACGAGAAAUGUGUUUGGAUGUUAAUUGAUAAGCAAUAGAUAUUAGUAAUUCGAAACAUGCGAGCUAUGCUGAGUUUUAUGCACUGGAUUACUUUAAUUUUACGAUAAUUUGGUUAUAAUUAGAGCGUGUUUAGUUUUUGUGAAAUUGUCCAGUUUGUAUGUUCCGAUGUAGAUACAUUUCUUCAAACUUUC